UCAUGCACGUGCAUGGAAGUUGCUCGUAGCUGUCAACGUUUUGUCUGUAGCCGAUAGAAAUGAUCAAUUUACAACGAAACGAAAUAUAUUAGAUGUUUAAAUGCGGUGGUUAUUCGUCAUAUGAAUUGUGUUAACUGUCAUGAAUAUGGCAAACACCACCUAGUAUUGGUAGUUAGCUACUUACAGGCACGUAAACAUGGCUAAUUUGCGUUAAAUGCUCAUAAUGGCGACUGUUUUGACUUUGCUGUGUUCAUCUGCCCGUUUCCUUACACCGUGUCGGUUACAGUUCUGGGAGCUCACAGUUUGCAAACGGAUAACAUGGCUUUCCCUAUCCGCCCAACGUUGUUACACGUCGGACAUCUCAUCAGUUGAUCAUCUCAACUCUGGGCUUAAGAGGUACAGGGACUUACAGAGGUAUUUCAGCAGGAGGCUGAAGAAAGUGUACAGCAGGUUCUCCAAUAUACCUGAUCAUUCAGUGGUCUGUGGACAUCAUCAUGUGUAUUUCACUGAGGCUGAUGGCAUCUACAGAAUGCACAAGAGUGAGCUGAAACCAGAGCAGGUGUUAAAUCUGGGACAGGUGCCAGGAGAGGAGGAGAAGACGGGACUUGAGAAUGAAGCAAGGACUCAGAGGUUUGGGUGGACAGUCCAGAGAAUACGUCUGUCCCCAAAGGAAAAGCAUCUUGCUGCCACUCUGAAAUGUAGUCACAGAGAAGAGCUGAGGUGUGUGAUUGUGAGGCUUGGAAAGACGGAUUUCCUUCCACACAAGAUACUCACACUGGAGAAAGUCCUCAGCUUUGAGUGGGCGACAGAUGAAGUCCUGUUUUACACAACUCUGGAGGAUCUCCGUUCUAGCUCAGUGUUUCGUCUCGACCUGACCUCUAGUGAAUGCAAGAUAACCUCUGUGUACGAGGAAACACAGCCUGAUGUGUUUGUGGAGGUUGCCCUGUCCACAGACCGACAGAUUCUGACCAUCAACUGCAACAGCAGGACCAGCUCAGAGCUGCUGCUUAGUGACCUAACGACGUCUCAUUUAGAGCCUUUUGUGGUUCAGCCUCGCCAACCGGACCUCCUUUACCACGUGGAGCACUGGAGAAGGCAGCUUAUUAUUUUGACCAAUACAGGGCCUGGGCAAGAAUAUCAGGUGAUGCAGGCCCCUCUCUCGGAUCCAUCAAUGGUUUCCUGGGUGUCUUUGUUUACCCCUGACAUCGGUACUACAGUCAAAGACAUGGAUGUGAUAGGAGACCAUUGUGUGUUGGUUGCAAGAAUGCCAGUCAGUGAACUUGUCUUGAUUGUGUUCCCACUGAUCAAUCCCAAGGAUGCAUACAUUGUAGAGCUCCCGUCCUGGGCUUGUGCCAUCGAAACCAAGAAACCAGGCUUGGCAGACCAACAAAAUGUGUUAGAACUCCUGAUCUCAUCUCCAGUCCACCCACCGGUGCCGUACUGUCUGCACCUCGAGAAAAGGCUGCUUUUAUCAGGCACUGGAGAUGAGUCAUCCCCAGAGAAUCAAGCCAAUUUUACCACCACGCGCCUGGAGGCCCGGAGCCAAGAUGAUACCUUGGUGCCAGUGACACUGUUUCAUGCAGUACCAGUGGAGGGUCUGAGAAAGGCGCCACUGCUGGUCCAUGUCUACGGAGCUUAUGGCAGAGAUCUCAACAUGGAGUUCUGCCCAGAGAAAAGACUGCUGUUGGAGCAAGGCUGGGCUCUGGCCUACUGCCAUAUCAGAGGGGGAGGAGAACAAGGCCUUUCUUGGCAAAGACAAGGCCGCGUGGAAGGGAAGCACACAGGAGUGAAGGACCUCCAAGCCUGUCUUCAUCACCUUUUCUCUUUAGGUGUGUCCUGUCCUUCACUCACUGCCCUUACAGCGUGUAGUGCUGGAGCAGUGCCAGUGGGAGCACUGUGUAACAGACAGCCACAGCUGAUGCGGGCUAUCACAUUGCAGGCUCCUUUCCUGGAUGUGUUAGGAACUAUGGAGAACCCUAACCUACCUCUAACUUUGGAGGAUAGAGAUGAAUGGGGGGACCCUUUAGGAAACCCAAAACACAGACACGUCAUCUCCUCCUACUGCCCCCUUCACAACAUUACUCCUCAGCACUACCCAUCGAUGCUGCUGACAGCCUACAGCGGUGAUGCCAGGGUUCCUCUGGCAGGUGUCCUCAAAUACACCCAGCAGCUCAAGAAAGCCAUUCAUACACACUUCAGUAGGAAGUCCCAGUCAGAACAUGAAACAGCACCAAACAUAGUGUUGAAUAUCCAGCCUGGAGCAAAUCACCUUGGACCAGAAGACUUUGAGCUGAUGCUGGAGGAGAAAGCCCUCGAGCUAGCCUUUCUAUACACGGAGCUGGGCCUGGACCCUCCUCAGCCUCCACACAAGAGGAGGAAGGGAAGGCAAAGCUGACAGGAAUCAGUCAGGACACAAGCAAUUAAUGACACCAGUGACAAAGAAGGAAACAUCCAC